AUGAAGAUCUCUGCCAGUCUUUUCGUCCUCACUUCCGCCGCUCCUGGCGCAAAGAAACCCGCCAAGUUCGUCCAAGACCCCGAUGCUCCCCGAACCGUCUGCGGCGGCCGAAUCACCGGCGACAGCAUCAUCACCUCUCCCGGUUUCGAAGACCCGGGACACUACGUAAAUAACCUCGACUGCACUUGGGAAAUCGAAAUUCCCGGCGUUUCUGCUUUCACGAUUUACCCCGAGUUCUUCCAAGUCGAAGAUCAAGACCAAUGUAUUUACGACUCACUGAACAUAAGCUUUGGAAGCUCGAGCUUCAAAUUUUGCUCGCCUGAUAUUGACUGGGACAAUUUGGAGCCAUAUACUUCCUCGCCGGCAUACAGUACUACCGAUUACUCAACUACUUCAACGAGUGAUUACACAACCACAUCAGACUACUAUCCAACAACAUCAACUACUCAGACAUCAACAACGUCGACAUCUUACGAUUAUCCAAGCGGAGGAGACUAUUACAGUAGCUACGGUAGUUCUUACUCUGGGAGCUACAGUAGCAGCGAUUCUGGCGGAUACAGUAGCUCCAACUAUAGCUACGGCUCUAGCUCUUCCUUUGGCAAACGAAAGCGACGAGCGCCAGUUAAGGGUGUUCUCGGCGCUUCCGGAAGCGGCAGAACACAUGAAUCCUCGAGCUCUGGAUACAUUGGAGAUUUCACCCAACCACUUCGAGUUGAAGGAAAUACAGCAACGAUCAAUUUCAAAACUGAUUCAUCCGUCGUUUUGAGAGGAUUCAAGCUUCGAAUUGAAAAGGACAACAACAUCGAAGAAACAGGAUGUGAUCAAGUUCAAUCUGGUUCCGGAUCUCUAAGCAGCACGAAUUAUCCAGAAAGAUACGGAAACAAUGAGCUUUGCAGAUACACCCUUAAUGCGGAGCCCGGCAAGAUCAUCAGAAUCAACUUCGAUCAGUUCGACGUCGAGUCCGAAUUCGAAUGCAGAUACGACUUCCUGUCAAUCAACGGUCGAAAACACUGUGGCACUGAAGACAAAGGAUUCGGCAACAAGAAGAUGCCACAAGAAUCGCUUUACGUUCUCUCUGAAUCCACCGAGCUUGUGUGGAAGACCGACGGCUCUGUAACAAAGAAUGGUUUCUCCCUUUCCUGGGAGUCUGUUGAUAAUCCAGCCGGGCCCGCCGCUUCCGGACCUCUUGAAAGCGCCGCUGGAUUUCAUGAUCAUAUGGAGCUCUUUUACGAUCAACUCAUCUAUCAAAUGGAAUUCCGUCGACCUUGGAUGUCAAAAGCUCUUUCCCGAUUCUGGAGCAACAUUCAAAUUUCCGAAGAAUACUUUCAGAGCGAAGGCGAAUGCGAAUGGAAAUACUACACCCCGAAGUACCAAUCUUUCGAUUUCAAAAAUUUCGACGAAGGUCUUUCGAAAUGCUCGAAUUUGAAAAAUUUUGCCAACAAUGCCAAACAGUUUUUGGACAACUUUGUUUGUAUGGAUGACCACGAGUUGCCAAGAAGAACAUUUAACCAAUGGCAGAAGCAAGCAUCACAAAUAGUCGGAAUCGCCGACGAUUUGGAAGGCCACUGCUCCGAUUCUAGCGCAAGCUCUAGCAGCUCCAGCAGUUCUAGUAGUUCUAGUAGCUCUUCAAGCUCAAGCUACAGCUACAGCUCCAACAGCUCAGGAAGCUAUUCUAGCUCCUACAGAAAAUGA